UCUUGCUAGCUCUGCGUUCUGUUUGCUCGAUAAUCAUGCUAAGGCCCCUCAUGCUAAUCUCCGGAACUGCCAUAAGCAAAUCGAGGGUGCUGCCAGAAUCCAGGCCCUGAAAUAUGCUCGAGCACUGAGCAAAUCAAGGGAAGUUCUUUGAAUACUUCUGCGGCUGUCAGAACUAUUAGCGACUAGUGGGCGGCAAACUGUUUGUGGCUUUGUGCCAUAUAUGUCAGGUUUACAUGACGAUUUCAAACAGCAAGUUGGCAUGAAUUUAGUUUCAUUCUGUUGCCUGAAACAUCAUGUAAAAGUAACUGGAGGUUGGAGCUCCCCAGUGUAUUGAUGAAUAAGCUAACCUCAUUACGCAGAGUACUUACUUUAAAUGUUUGUCAAUCAAGUCAAAGGGCGGUUGUCAUUAGAAAUGAACAUGGUCAAAAUGCUGACUUUCCACGGAAAUAUUCAAAAAGAGAGAAGAAACCAUUCCCUAUUCCAGUGCUGGAGUUAAGGCGCCGAGCAAAGGAGAGGAUGAAGGCAGCACAAGGGAAACCGAAACAACCAAUGCCUCCCCCAAAAAACGGAAUGCUAGUGCGUAGACUUAUACCAGUUGCAUACAAAGUGUACAAUGCAAGAAUUUUGCUGAUCAACAACUUGAAGAGGCUUAUGAAAGUAGUACCAGUAAAAGGCUGCAAGUAUUGCAGUGAGAUACAUGUUGGAUCUGUUGGACAUCCUUUCCGAACAUGCCGAGGAAUGUCAGCAGCUCAACGUAGAGGAGAACAUGACUGGGGAAGUACUCUAGUUGAAGCUGUUUUCUUACCCAUCGAAGCCUAUCAUCUAGAGGACCGCCUAGGGCCGCGCAUCCCUCAUGAUCAGAGGUUUUCUGUACCCCGCAUUCCCGCUCUUGUGGAACUUUGCAUCCAAGCUGGAGUUGACCUUCCUGAGUAUCCCACAAAGCGUCGAAGAAAGCCUAUCAUUAAAAUUGGAAGAAAAGAGUUUGUUGAUGCAAAUGAAGAUGACUUACCAGAACCAGAGCCUGACAGAUUUAAGCAGCCACUUCUUGAGGAAUUACAUUACGAUGAGAUUAUUGCUCCAUCUAACCCUGAGGAGACAGCGGCUCUUGCUGAGGAGACACUUGAAGCAUGGGAGGCUGUUAGGGAUGGUGCCUUGAAACUUAUGAAAGGCUAUGCAGUGAGGGUUUGCGGAUACUGCCCUGAGGUCCAUGUUGGGCCAACUGGCCACAAAGCACGGAACUGUGGAGCUUUUAAGCACCAGCAGAGGAAUGGACAACAUGGAUGGCAAGCAGCGGUGCUCGAUGACCUAGUACCUCCUAGAUACGUCUGGCACAUGCCAGAAUCGGGGGAGGAACUGCAGAGGGAGCUAAAGACGUUCUAUGGUCAGGCACCAGCUGUUGUUGAAAUAUGCAUUCAGGGUGGUGCAAAAGUUCCGGAGAAGUACAAAGCCACUAUGAGACUAGAUAUAGGGAUUCCCUCUAGUUUGAAGGAGGCUGAAAUGGUCGUCUGAUCCUCCAUUGAUUUGAGCAGGUUUAAUCUGUCUAUUAUUGAGUUUUUUUGGGGGGUUGAAAAGAUAAUGUCAUUGUCAAGCUCCAUCGUGGCUUGACAUAUGUUGAAUCUGUUAGUCGAUGUGUAUAUAUAUCAGAACUUAGACGAGAUAAUUAAUUAGGUUUUCUUUGUUUCGAUCCACAUCGAUAUUUCUACGUAUUUCUUUA